GGCGGAAGGUAAGAGAGCCGUGCUCUGGGCAUAUGCUGUGGGGGACGUGUGGGUGUUGAGCUGGUGACGGAGCAUCAUGGAGGAGAUGGAGCCGGCUAAGACAUGGAUGACCUGAACCUUCACUACCGAUUCCUCAACUGGAGACGCCGAAUCCGUGAAAUCCGUGAGGUGCGAGCUGUGCGUUACCAGGAGAGGGCCAAGCACAUUACGGUAGAUGGGGAUACCCUAAGUUACCACGGAAACUCAGGGGAGGUCGGCUGUUACGUUGCGCCACGACCGCUAAGUAAAGACAAUAACUACUUUGAGGUGUCUAUUGUGGAUCGUGGUGUUCGAGGGACAAUAGCUGUGGGAUUAGUACCACAAUAUUACAGUCUGGAUCACCAACCAGGUUGGCUGCCGGAUUCCGUGGCCUACCAUGCGGAUGAUGGCAAGCUUUAUAACGGGAGAGCAAAGGGACGGCAGUUUGGUACAAAGUGCAGUUCAGGUGAUCGGAUCGGUUGUGGUAUAGAGCCCGGCUCUUUCCAUGUACAGACGGCGCAGAUUUUCUUCACAAAGAAUGGAAAACGGGUUGGCAGCACGGUGAUGCCCUUGUCUCCCGAUGGCCUGUUCCCAGCAGUGGGCAUGCACUCCUUAGGUGAAGAGGUGCGCCUUCAUUUAAAUGCAGAACUUGGCUGCGAGGAUGAUGACAGCAUAAUGAUGGUGGACAGCUAUGAAGAUGAGUGGGGAAGGCUACAUGAUGUCCGAGUUUCUGGCACGCUACUAGAAUAUGUUGGGAAAGGAAAAAGUAUAAUAGAUGUGGGUCUGGCACAGGCGCGUCAUUCUCUCAGCACACGGAGUCAUUACUUUGAGGUGGAGAUUGUCGACCCGGGAGAGAAAUGCUAUAUUGCUUUAGGUCUAGCAAGAAAGGAUUACCCAAAAAAUAGGCACCCAGGCUGGAGCCGUGGUUCUGUUGCAUAUCAUGCAGAUGAUGGGAAGAUUUUCCAUGGAAGUGGAGUUGGGGAUCCAUUCGGUCCACGCUGCUAUAAAGGGGACAUCAUGGGCUGUGGAAUCAUGUUUCCAAGGGAUUAUAUUCUUGACAGUGAAGGGGAAAGUGAUGACAGCAGCGACAUGAAGGAAAUUAGACUGCAGCCUCGUGGCAUCAGGAACGUUAUGUACCUCCGGCGAGAGCAGCAGCAAGACGAGGAUGGGGAGGAGGAAGAUGAAGAAGAGGAGGAGGACAUUGAGCGGGAUCAUGAGGGCAGAAAAGUUGUGGUUUUCUUCACAAGGAAUGGGAAGAUCAUUGGAAAGAAGGAAUCCAUUUUGCCUCAGGGGGGCUUCUAUCCUACCAUAGGAAUGCUGAGCAGUGGAGAGAAAGUCAAAGUGGACCUGCACCCACUGAGUGGGUGAAAGAUUGAUAUCAGUGGGAAAGAACACUGCAUUCAUUUGCCAUCUUCCCAUACAUCAACCCCCCUCCCUCCUGGUCUUGCACGAUUUGCACGUGGGCUUGUGAUAGUGCUUCUUCGUGUCUGGAAAUGUGUCAGUGGCCCUUGCUUGUCAAUGUGGGCUCCACAGUGCUCAUUGCCUGUAUAUUUUGGCAUAGCAGAAGACAUGAGGUGACAGGAAACAAGAGAGGAUGUUGGAGGAGUACCUUUUGGCUCCUUGGUCAGUUUCAGGUGCAGAGCUGCUGCAGUUGCACGUCCCCAUAGAGAACCUUUGUUUCUGUGCAGCUAAACGCUGUUUACACAGCACAAUCUGCUGCCCAGAAAUGUUCAUUUUGGUGUCCGCAUCAAAGAUGCUUUCACCUUUGACUUGAUUAUCGGCCUGUGUAAUGGGGGGGGGUCUUAAGGCUGACCACCUUUACUUAGCUUAGGCUACUUUCACACUUGCGGCAGUGUAAUCCGGCAAGCAGUUCCGUCGUCGGAACUGCCCGCCGGAUCCGCCAAUCUGGAUGUGACUGAAGGCAUUUGUGAGACUCAUCUGGAUGUGGAUGCGUCUCUCAAAUGCAUUGCAAGAACGGAUCCGUCUCUCCGCUUGUCAUGCAGACAGACUGAUCCGUCUUGUAUCUUUUUUCACAUUUU